AUGUCCUCGCUUGGGACUCCAUCUCACGUUGAAACAUCGAUUCUUACACUUCCCCCUACGACUACUGCAACUGGUCCAACAACCAUCUAUGUCACCUCCACAGAGACGAGCUCGAGCACACACGCGUCCACAUCAAGCAUAGUCUCAGACGUCGCGAGCUCUGCCACGCACACAUUCACAUCAAGCAUAGCCACAGACGUCGCCAGCUCUACCUCUUUAGGAGCAACUGUAUCCUCCGACGCACCUAGCGCGUCCGAUGGAUUAGGGACGGGGGCAAAAGCGGGUAUUGGGGUUGGAGUAUCCUUGGGAAUCCUUCUACUUGGGGCGUUGGUUGCAUAUAUCAUAUUACUGCGGAGGAGGUUGAGAAAGGCGAGUAGAGAGAAUGCACUGCCUGUUGGACCUGCGAUACCACCACAUGGUAUUCUAGAGUUGGGAACGGAGGGCCAGAAGUAUGAGCUGAUGGGCGACAAAGCAUGGCCUGAGCCUUCUGCUGUGGGUACAAAUGGCAGGGCACAUGCGCAUGAGUUGGAGUCAUAG